CAGGAGGCGGCACUGCCAGCGGACAUCACACAGCCUUAGACUGCGGAACCCGCAUCGGCAGGCGGCAAGCAUUGCAGCAGGCAGCAGGCAUUGUCCGGACCGACGGCAAACGCCCACCCAGCGCCCAGUACAGCCAAGAUCCCACAAUGACUCUGAAUAACGUCACCAUGCGCCAAGGCACUGUGGGCAUGCAGCCACAGCAACGCUGGAGCAUCCCUGCUGAUGGCAGGCAUCUGAUGGUCCAGAAGGAUCCCCACCCCUGCAACCCCCACAACCACCACUCCACUGCUCCCGAUGACCACUGCCGGCGGAGCUGGUCCUCCGAGUCCACAGACUCGGUUAUCUCUUCCGAGUCAGGAAACACCUACUACCGAGUGGUGCUUAUUGGGGAGCAAGGAGUGGGCAAGUCCACCCUGGCCAACAUCUUUGCAGGUGUACAUGACAGCAUGGACAGCGACUGUGAGGUCUUGGGAGAAGAUACAUAUGAGCGUACCCUGGUCGUUGAUGGAGAGAGUGCAACCAUUAUCCUACUGGACAUGUGGGAAAAUAAGGGGGAGAAUGAAUGGCUCCACGACCACUGCAUGCAGGUCGGGGACGCCUACCUGAUCGUCUACUCCAUCACAGACCGGGCGAGCUUUGAGAAGGCGUCUGAGCUGAGGAUCCAGCUCCGCAGGGCCCGGCAGACAGAAGACAUUCCUAUAAUUUUGGUUGGCAACAAAAGCGACUUAGUGCGGUGUCGAGAAGUGUCUGUGUCAGAAGGGAGAGCUUGUGCCGUGGUGUUCGACUGCAAAUUCAUCGAGACCUCUGCAGCCGUGCAGCACAACGUGAAGGAACUGUUUGAGGGCAUUGUGCGGCAGGUCCGUCUGCGUCGGGACAGCAAGGAAAAGAACGAGAGGAGGCUGGCCUACCAGAAGAGGCGGGAGAGUAUCCCCAGGAAAGCCAGACGCUUCUGGGGCAAAAUUGUAGCCAAAAACAACAAGAACAUGGCUUUCAAGCUCAAGUCAAAAUCCUGCCAUGACCUGUCUGUGCUCUAGGCACCCAGUGUCGUCCAGAUGUCCCCUUGAUGGACGUCGUUGAAGGCUUUUGGGACCAGUGAUCUAUAUUAGAUUGGAUACAGAAGCAUUGUUAAGACGCGGCUUCCCCUACUACAGAUGGGAACCAAGAGGUUAGCCUCAUGGGCAACCAAGUGCAUGGGUGGCGAAAGAUCUCUGUCGAGAGUCAGUAUUUAUUUGUAGGAAAAGCUUGACCUGCUAUGCUAGAUGGAUGCCCCAGACUCACUUAAGGGCACGUUUGGGGUUCACACGAGUUUUUCUCUCCUUUGGGCAGCAGAAUAUUGAAUCUUGUGAAGAAUGCCUAGGACAGAAGUGUUUCAUCAUUGAAGUUUUGCUCAGUGUUCUGUGUGAAUCUGAGGUCCUUGGGUCAUAAAGAAAUGUAGGAAAAUGGUGUUUAUUGGAAGGAGAAGGGCUCUCUGCAAACUUAUACUCCUGGAACUGCAGCUGCGGAACUGGCCUCCUUGCAGUUUUUACUGCUCUAUCGAACUGUGGAGAGAAUUGUUAGAAUUUGCUAGAAACUGAGGCUUACUGACAGUUUUUGUUUAAAGACCACAGAGAUUCCUAGACUUAGACGCUGAUAUGCGUGUACCACUUAUAGGUUCAAAAAAUUGUUUACUUAUGUGUCUUAGAAGUGUUUAUUUUGAGGAAACUAUUUUUUUUUUGCCAGAUCCUACUUAGUCAAAUCAUCUUUUAUGUCUUUUUUUUGAAAUCAUGAAGCUGUCAUAAAAUAUUUUUUUAAAAAAAUCUCAACUAUAUUGAUAACUUGGAGUGCAAAAUUUUAAAUAUAGUCAGAAGCCUGCUUUUCCCCCCCAAACAUAAAGAUGCCCCAUCCUUUGGGUUGCUCCUUGUACGCCACAGCCGAAUUAUAUUUAUUAUUAUUUUGCAAAUAACCAUUUUAACCUUUGAUAAAGCCUAUUUAUGAGCAUAUUUCUUACUGAGAAAAAUGUCUGUUUUGUUACCUUUUUUAUAUUUUUCAAAAUAUGCAAGUUUUUACCUAUAUGUCUUAUAAUAAAAUAAAUAAAAUCUUUGAAAAGGAAAGCA